GUUGCUACAGAUUUGUGCUGCUCCUCAGUAUUACUGUUUCCCAGGCUGUUGUUGUUUUUAUACACACUCCGCUGUAGCGCCACUAUAGUAGAUUGCGGAGGUUGUUACGCUGCUUUUGCACAGUUUUCCACGGUGACGGACAAACAGCCAAGUGGGGGAGAUAGAUUCACCCUCGACGUGGACGUGGUCAGUUGGCGUGUCCCGACAGUGACGGCGGCGGCGGCUGUGUGUGUGCAGUCCUGAACACUUUCUGCACUGACCCCCCCUUCUCUAACAAACUGUAGCGCUAACUUAAGUUCCGCUCGUGACCUAGUUUUACCAUUUGGAAGAAAAGCCGGGCUUCAAGAUGUCUGUAGCGGGCUUGAAGAAGCAGUUUUAUAAAGCCAGCCAGAUGGUAAGUGAGAAAGUCGGCGGUGCAGAAGGAACUAAACUAGAUGAUGACUUCAGAGAUUUGGAACGGAAAGUAGAUGUGACCAAUAAAGCAGUAGUGGAGGUCAUCUCCAAAACAUCAGAAUACCUUCAACCCAACCCUGCGUCUCGGGCCAAACUGUCCAUGUUGAACACUAUGUCCAAGAUUCGUGGUCAGGUGAAGAACCCAGGUUAUCCUCAGGCAGAAGGGCUGCUAGGAGAGUGUAUGACCAAGUAUGGACGAGAACUGGGUGAAGAGACAAGCUUUGGUGGAGCGUUAGUAGAUGUGGGAGAGUCCAUGAAGAGAUUAGCAGAAGUCAAAGACUCUCUAGACAUCGAUGUCAAGCAGAACUUCAUUGAUCCGUUGCAAGGACUCAGUGACAAGGACCUCAGAGAGAUACAGCAUCACCUCAAGAAGCUUGAAGGCCGCAGACUGGACUAUGACUACAAGAAAAAGCGUCAGGGCAAGAUCCCAGAUGAGGAGGUCCGGCAGGCUCUGGAGAAGUUUCACGAGUCAAAGGACGUGGCAGAGAACAGCAUGUACAACCUGUUGGAGAACGAUAUCGAGCAGGUGAGCCAGCUCUCGUCUCUGGUAGAGUCCCAGCUGCAGUACCACAGACAGGCUGUGCAGGUGCUGGAGGAGCUUUCUGACAAACUCCGAGAAAGGAUGAGUGACGCUCAGACUCGACCGAGACGUGAAUACACACCGAAACCCAAACCUAUCUUUGACUUUGACAACAACCAUUCAAACGGUGGAUACUCGACCUCAAUGGCCCCUCCACCCUCGUUUAACUCGGAGUCGUCUUUUCACUUGGCCAGAUUGUCUUUUCGGAAACCCGGAUUGUCCCCGGAGCAGCCGAGCUGUAAGGCGCUGUACGACUUUGAUCCGGAGAACGAGGGCGAGCUGGGCUUCCGCGAGGGCGACAUCAUCACCCUGACCAAUCAGAUCGACGAGAACUGGUACGAGGGCAUGCUGAACGGCCAGUCGGGAUUCUUCCCCCUCAACUACGUCGAUGUCCUCGUCCCGUUGCCUCACUAAUACAAGACACAGCUGAGAGGAGACUGACGGGGAGAGAGAGAGAGAGAAAGCGCGAGCAAAGUUAGCAGAGAGAGGGAAGAAAGUGAAGUCGAGUGCUGGUCCACAGAAAAUUCAUUUUCACCUUCAGCUCCAGUGUCAUCCUCGCUGACGAGCACUUUUUUUGUAGAGUUCUGGGGAAGAUGGUUUCAUUUCAGAGUCCAGAAAAGAAUAUUCAACAAAAGGUAAAAAAGGAAUCAAAUCGUCUCAAAAUGUCGGAAACAUUCAGAAGCAAUAUUUCCACUUUAACCACAAAUUACUGCUAUAGUGAAGAGAAUUGUAUGGGACGUGUUGGUGAUGACGACUGGAAUGAUUUGUUAGUGUCAUGUGUUUAAAUCUCAGGUUGGUCACAGGGUCAACAGUCCGUUUUCAGACUGCACAGACCAACUGCACGCCUCACACUUCAAACCAUGUAACCUGACUGAAUAUGGAAACUUCCAACUGUGCAGCUCCUGGCGCCACCUGCUGGUGUGACAGAGAACAAACUGCACAUAUAAGAAAAGAAAUGUAGUCACAGUUGGAUCUAAAAUGACCCACUGAUGAGAAAAAGAAGCCAAAACCAAUGCAUUAUUUCUGAUUUAGAGUGUUUGGACCAAAUCUUUACCUUUUUUCUUCAGUUAUCCACUGAAAAUGAUGAUUGGCUUCACAAGAAAGUGGGUUUUCUUUAUCAUUUCAGUAUUAGAUUCAUAAGUUAGUCUCAGUUUCCUCCUGUAGAUCUCUGUAGAGUACAGCGAGUACGUUCUUGCACCUUGGUCCUCAGAUGAGAUUGAUAGACUGUGUGCGUGUAUGUGUGUGUGUGUGUGUGAGACAGAUGACUAACUCCACCGUUAUACAUAGACCCAAAGUUAAAUGCAGACAUUGCACCUGUUUAUUUUUUUUUGUUCUUUAGUCACAAGCGUGUGUAGAAAUGCAGAAUGAUUUGUGGUUUUGUGGUGGUCUUUAAUAGAAAAGACAGAGCCAACAAGAAAAGAAAAGAAAAGAAAAAAGAGUCUUUAUGAAAAUGCAAUAGCAACAUAUCACUCUGAGCGCGUCGGGGUUCUCAAACAGCCAUAUAAUCAUUUAGUUACGGGCCUGUUUGUCUUCCUGUGUCCUUUUAUUUUGAAAGUCUCGUGACCCCUGUUUCAGGCGUCCACGUAAAAAAAAAAAACCUUGACUACACGACGCUGCAGGCAGCGACGCAGUAACCUACUGUCCCACUCUGUCUGUCUGUCUGUCUGUCUGCCUUCAUGUGUUGGAGAAUGUGAAACUCAUUUCAGCUUCGAACGCUUCGUCUUUUUAUUCUGAUGGUUCGUGCCAUGGGCCGGUGUUGAUUCCGUUUCUUGUUUUAGUCUUUUUUUCUUGUUUCGAUAGAACCACAGGACACACACCUGCAGUGGUUUGGAGUCUAACUCAGCGUUCAUUUCGACAGAUACCAGGGAAAGUCCCAGAGUGGAAAACAAGGGAAAACAUCAAGGGAAAUAAAGUGAAAGUAAAGUAGAAAGUGCCUUAGAGAGCAUUUACCUCCGCCAAACACUAAAAACCUGGAUUCUUCCUGUGCAGGUCUCGCCAGGUCGGAGCAGUAACAAUCGCAGUUGUGCGUUUGUUUUUGUACCAUUUGUAAGAUGCAGAUGUUUAUUGUCAGACCACAUGAAAUAUUAAUGAACGUUCUUCUCUUCAGCGUUUUCUUUUUGUGCCACUGAAAACAACGUCCACGUCCUGUGAAAGUCAGUCUUAUAUUAGGACUGGAUUUGAGGAAAAUAUCUCUAAUAUCUUAGCGAACAGUGUAAAAGAAUAAAGAAAGAAUUAAAUAAGUAAAUUGCAGCAUUUGCGGUUUAAUAAUUGACUUAAAGGUCCAGUGUGUAAUAUCUUGGAGUCGGUUACCCAUUAGUACAUUUGUAUCAGUGACAAAUAACAUUUGUCAGGGUUCCCACAGGUCCUUGAAAUCCUUGAAAGUGUAAAUUUGAAAAAAAAAAAAAACUUCAAGACCCUUGAAAGAUUCUGAAAUUUGCCCCUAAUAGACAUGGGGCAUUGAAAGUGCUUGAAUUGAACAUCAUUGCUUAAUGUACGUAGCCUGGGCCAAGGAAUAGAAAUGUGGGCGGUGUCAUUUUUCCAUCACCGUUACGCUGUAAUCAGUUUUAACAUCAUAAUUAAAAGUGUAACCUAAAACAUUGUCUGUUUAUGCGUGAAAGGUAGGAUCAAAUCUUCUCUUCCAGGUGUGUUGGUGAACCCAUGGAGAAGUCCAAAGAUGUUUAGUUUGUCCAUUGUGGGCUACUGUAAAACGACCUAGUUCCUGAUACCAGUUAUCAGCUGCAUCUCACCGUUAUUUUCAUGAUCGAUCAAUUAAUCGAGCACUUGUUUAGAUCCAGAAAAUGAUUUAAUGAUUUAUUUAUUGUACGUUGCAAAGAAACCAGCGAAUAUUCACAUUUAAGAAGCUGAGAAAUCAGCAAAUGUUACUGAUGAAUCGAUACUCAAAAUGGUUGACGAUGAAUUUUAAAGUAGAAUUGAUUAAUGAUCGAUGAAUCAAGUAAUUGUUUCCGACCCUAAUAUCAACAUAAAAGGAAAACAGCUGAUUGUACACUCAAAGAGUCAAGAGGUUUUACUUUUGCCAAAUUAAUUUCACCAGCAUGUUACACACUGGACCUUUAAAUAAAUAAAUAAACAAGUAUCCUCCCUGUGUAAACGUUAGUGAAACCUAAACUCCAUGGCGGAGGUAAGUAUUUUACAGAAGUUUUAAUAGUGAAUGAGAACGUGUUUGUGCCACAUUAACCCUCGUCCUUCACUCCACACUGUCAGGACAUGACACGUCCCCUCCCCUGUCCCCCGUCCGUCCCCCGUCUCCUCCGAGUUUGCUCCAUGUCUACAUGUUUACAUCUGUGAUCUUACUACAUUUCAAUGCUUGUAUCCAGUUCAAGGCAAAGUUAAAGGACUGUAGGAGGCGCUGUCUGGGUCACACUGUAAGAAAUUGUCUUUUAAAAACAAAAGAAAGUAUAAGAGUCCUUGCUCGCUUUGUUCCAGUGCCUUUGGUAAAAGGAAAGGAGGGAAAGUACCGCGACUAAUACAGCAACCAAAACCUAACCUUGCUACUUUUUUUCUUUCUAAUUUUUGGUUUUUAUUUGUAGCCAUUGGCACUUUUCCUGUGUAAAGAUGAAAUGCAUGAGUGCACAUUUCUGCACAUUUAUGACACUACAACAUGUUGUGUUUAGAGGACGUGAGUUUUAUCAACAAACCACCAGUGGAAACUGCUCUUAAUGUAGAAUUGAAUCCAGAAAUAAGGUGAUGGUCCCACUGAUUUCUUCUUUUAAAGGGCUACGCUUUUGUUUAAUCAGUCUUAAAAAGAAAAACAAACAAAAAAAAACCAUUCUGGCUCUUUAUAGUAUUAUUUUUUAUAUACGAGACCUUUUAAAUGAAUCUUUGCAUGUAGUCAUAUGUUACACAUUGUAUAUGUUUGUCUUUAGAUUUAAGUUGCCUUUUUACUUUUGGUAUGAGCACAGACUUUAAACGCAAUAUUUCGUCUUUUAUUAUCAAAGUAUUUGUACAUGCUUCUGUCCUGUCCUUCCCCACCUCUCCCCCCAUUCUUACAAUAAAUAAAAACAGAAAAAUGUGUUGUA